AUACCGACGGAGGCAUGGCUAUUGUGAUGUCACGGGUCACCGGGUCAAAGUGACCAAAACUCGGCUUUCCGGAUGUAGCUAAUUUUCACGCGAUCGCGCCGUACGGGCCCCAUACGUAGUACUUCAUGUUAUUCUACAUACGUACGAUCUUCGACUCUGUUCUCCAUUUGUUUUGCUCUAUAAAUCGACGGUUUUAUAAGUCUUUAUAAGUUAUUUUUGUGUGUGUUCUAUCAUGGAUGGUGAAGAUAUAUCGAUUGACGACAUUAAACUAUGGAACGUGACUGCUUUAAAAGACUUUCUUCGGUAAAGGAACUUGAAAGUAAGUGGAAGAAAAGAUGAACUGGUUGCGUUGGUCUUCGCCGCGAAGAGGUGCCCUGAGCUUGUCGCACCGCCCAAGUCUGAAGAGGCCAAGGACACGGAGAAAGCAAAGCAUUUUGGUAGACAUUUUAAAGACUCCGACAGGAUCGCUGCCAGAUCCAAAAACUUUGAACAAUUGGGUUUCGGAAGCCAGUUCCAUUACCAUGUGGUCGCCAACUAUGGCGUUUGAUAUAGGAAAGUAUUUGGAGUCAAUCGAUGACAUUCCUCUUCGCAGAAGGCUGAUGUCAGAUUAUAAAGACCAGAAGGCAUACAGUUAUUUUGCAUCGGGAUGGAUGGAGGAAAUCCAGUACCAUCCUAUUGAUGAUAAGACGAUUUACUGUUUCUUGAAAACGAAAUGUAAACCUUCCCAGAGAGUCAGGGAUGUGCCGUGGAACGUGUGGGUUGCCGCCAACAAGAAGACGGGAGAAGUCCUAAGUGCAUUUUGUGAAUGUUUUGCAGGGUACAGCACAACCUGUAAUCAUGUCGCUGCACUUCUAUUUAAGGUAGAUUUUGCAUGGCGGAACGGACUUACCAAUCCAUCUUGUACAUCUCGGGAAUGUACCUGGUCAGCAUUUGCAGGUAAACAGUCGGUGGAACCAGAGCGUCUGUCAGAGAUGACUUGGAGGAAGCCCAAGUUCUCAAGACAAGCCUCAUCUGAUGCAGCAGAGGGCAUCAACCCAAAAGUGAGAAGACUCUUCAUGCCACUGAGUGCACGCUCCAAUGAGUCUCAUUCCUCGCUGGAAUCCAUCACCGCAGCACUGUAUCCCACCUUCAGAGACGCUUGCGCAUUCCAGACGGUUAUGGCUGGGAAGGAGACUGCAUCUACCACUAGUGCACCAGAAAUGUCUACUGAAGUAGAAGUAGAGUCGUUUUUACCACGAUCCCUUCCAUCCCUUGCAGCUCAAGCAACAUCCGCUGAUGAAUUUCUAGACUGUUUGCCAAUCUACUCCGCGAACAUUGUUUCUUCAAUAGAAAUAGCAACAAGAGGACAGUCGGAAAAUCAAAACUGGCAUGAACAGCGAAUCGGACGUGUGACUGGGUCACUUUCUCAUUCUGUAAUGACUAGAGGGCGCAAGUUGUCUUCAAAUAUCGAACCCAAGACGGUCAGUCUCAUCAAGAAGAUCACUGGUCAAGAUUCUUCUGAAAAGUUUGACCUACCAUCACUUAAGUAUGGUAGGGAGCUAGAGCCACAGGCCAGAGAGAAAUAUGCCAGGCAAAAGCGGUCGCACCAUGCUGGACUUAUUGUGGAAGAAGGGGGCCUCUUCGUGGACCAAGACAAGGUAUUUCUUGCUGCCAGCCCUGAUGGACAUGUAUCAUGUGAAUGCUGCGGGAAAGGACUUGUUGAAAUCAAAUGUCCAUUCAGCAUUGCGCAUAACGUUCCAUCCGUUUAGAAUAUUAGUUACAUGAGAGACACUUCAGAUGGGCCUCCUAGUCUUCAGAAGAAGCAUCCUUACUAUUCGCAAGUUCAGUUUCAGAUGGGGAUCAUCA